AAGUUAUUAAAAAGCAAGAUCAACCAAAACAAAGCAAAACAAGCGUAUAAUUAAACAAAAAAAAAAAAAAACAGGGCUGCAAAUCUAAUGAACAAAAGUCAAAAAUAAACACGAGAAGACUCGAAAAUUAAGUGAACAAAAAUAAGAAAGCAGAUCAAAGUGCAAAAAGUGUGUGGUGGCUUCAUCGCGAAGAACAAAAACCCAUCUAAUACCGCAUAAUUCAUUUCUUUCAAAUACUCCGUUUAGUUCGCGUUUCAAUUCAAUUCAGUUUAAUAAAUUAAUAUGUUAAACCCAAAAGCCAGAAGAACGGCGACAUAAAUGGAUCAUCAAUCGUAGAGGCAGCCGAAAAGAAAUCAAGAUCGUCGAGUGUCUAUGAGGACAGCUGAAAGUAUUUUCUUUUUUUUUUUGGGGGGCGCGGCUCCAACUGCCCCACGCCGACGCACGCCUACAGGAGCAAGUGAGACGGCAGACAGAGCGACUAAGAGGGCGACAAAUGUGCAAGCGGCGGUGAGUGAGCGGAUUCGGAUUCGGUUUCCGGAUUCCGGGGGGCUGAGAAGGACGUAAAGGCGCUGAAGGACGCAGGAAGAAGGCCAUGGAUUGGUCCCGGUGGCAAAUGGCCAGAGAAAGAGCUGGCAACCCUGGACAAGUCAGGAACAACCCUGGGCGCAAGGAUUGCGAUCGCGAGACCCGAUUGGAGUGGUUGCCCAAUUGAUUCGUUGCGGCGUCACACCCGAAGCAAAGCGGCAACUGGCGACACGAGCAGCAGCAAAAGCAACAAGGCGACGAGCAAUUUGUACGAGCAUUUGUGGCAACAAAACGCUGGCACGCAGGCGAGCAGGAAAUAAGGCAAGCUGGAGAGCAGGAAAUCAGGCAAGCAGUAAGACAGGCAAGCGAAGUGAAAGCACGCAAGUGAAUUGGAGACAGAGCGAAGCAAAAACAAAAGCAUAGACGCAGCAGAAAAGCGCACAAGCCAAAGUAUCGAAAGCAGAAAGCAGCAGAAAAAGUACCAAGACGGAAAAGUAGUGUAAUAGUCAAAUCAGAUAAGAAAGUUAAAGUUAGUAAAGUUAGGUAAGGCAAAGAAGAUUUCGUAGGCUAACAAAUGCUGCAAAGCACUAGAAAAGCAAAAGCACGUAAGCACAUAGAGUAGAAAUAGAUAUUUUUAGAAGAAAGAAAGCGAACCAGCGGAUGAAAGCAGGAUCCAGAAGAAGAAGACUAGUCGGAAGAAGACAGCAAGAAAGCAGGAGACAGAAGAACUCGCAGACAAAGCAAGUUAGCAAGCAAGCACAUAUAACAAAAAGAAUAGCAGAAAAGCAAGAUAGCAAGCAGUAUACCGAGCAAGAUAGCCUUCUUCCAAAGCAUAAGUCAAAGAGUCAAGUAACCGAUAAGGAAGCGAACGCAAGCAGAUUAGCAGAAGAGCCAGUUAGCAAGAAAGCAAGUAAGCAAUACAGGGAGCAGGAGACGACGACUAAAUAGUUGCGUGACCAGCGCGCUUUGCACACUAAACAGCGUAAUUGGUCAUAAAGCGACUGCUGCGAAUGCCCCGCACCGCGGACUAACCGACCGUUUACGGCAAUUACGAACCGGAGCAGAGGAGGUGACAAGCAAUUAGGCGGGUGGUAGGCGGCGGAGGGGGGUCGGCCGGCCCCCCCAACCCCGGAUGUAUAAGCCGGACACGCUUACGCGCCGCGGCAGCCUGAGAUCCCUGCGCAGCGCCCCGCUCCUGAGCACCGUGCUCGAAAGCACGCUUUCACUGACCCGCAUUCACCCGAUCGCCUCCUUGGAGCUACCCGGCCUCGACUAUGCGGUCCACUCGCAGUCGGCCUUUGGCGCCUACGGGCUAGCCCACCCCCGGGAUCUAGCCACCUGCACCUCGUUGCGCAGCGGCCUUGCGGCGAUCACCGCGGCGUCCGCUUCCGCCGCCGGCGGCGUUUCCCAGUCGCAGAGCGCCCUCCUCGGGCGGUACGGCCCCAACGCCUCGAUUCGCCACGGAGAAAGAAAGAUUGUCCAGCCGAAACGGGUUCUAUCACGCAAACUAAAGCCACAUCUUGUUGCGGACACCGUAAAGCAGUAUAUAAGUCGGGCCCAACGCACAACCAAAAAGGGUUCUCAAGAGCAGCAAAAUAUGGAGUUUUUACGAGGCGUCUAUGCGUUUAUGCAAGUGAGUAGAUCAUCGGUGUCUCAUGUCAAAAUCGAUUCACCUGUUUUUCGCCUGCACACCAACGCAACGGUUAUAUUACUGAUCACAUUCUCGAUUGCUGUGACGACGCGGCAGUACGUAGGAAAUCCCAUAGACUGUGUACAUACAAGAGACAUUCCCGAAGAUGUUCUCAACACAUAUUGUUGGAUACACUCAACGUAUACAGUGGUCGAUGCGUUUAUGAAGAAGCAAGGUUCCGAGGUGCCUUUUCCCGGAGUUCACAAUUCACAGGGCCGCGGGCCUCUUACAAUAAAGCACACAAAAUAUUAUCAAUGGGUAGCGUUUACACUAUUUUUUCAGGCAAUCUUAUUUUAUACACCAAGAUGGCUGUGGAAAUCUUGGGAGGGUGGCAAGAUUCAUGCGCUCAUCAUGGACUUAGACAUAGGCAUUUGUUCCGAAGCCGAGAAAAAACAAAAAAAGAAAUUACUUUUAGAUUAUUUGUGGGAAAAUUUAAGAUAUCACAAUUGGUGGGCGUACAGAUAUUACGUGUGUGAGCUGCUCGCCCUUAUAAAUGUGAUAGGUCAAAUGUUUCUUAUGAAUCGAUUUUUCGAUGGCGAAUUUAUGACAUUUGGCCUGAAAGUGAUAGAUUAUAUGGAGACCGAUCAGGAAGAUCGCAUGGAUCCGAUGAUUUACAUAUUUCCCAGAAUGACCAAAUGUACAUUUUUUAAAUAUGGUUCAAGUGGGGAGGUGGAGAAACACGACGCCAUUUGCAUUUUACCAUUAAACGUUGUUAAUGAGAAGAUUUACAUUUUCCUUUGGUUUUGGUUUAUAUUAUUAACGUUUCUCACAUUAUUAACGCUAAUAUACAGGGUGGUUAUUAUAUUCUCUCCUCGAAUGAGGGUCUACUUAUUUCGUAUGCGAUUUAGGUUAGUGCGUCGUGACGCUAUUGAAAUAAUCGUUCGUCGUUCGAAGAUGGGCGAUUGGUUUUUGUUGUAUUUACUAGGUGAAAACAUAGAUACAGUUAUAUUUCGUGAUGUUGUACAGGACUUAGCGAAUCGUUUAGGACAUAACCAACACCACAGGGUGCCUGGCUUAAAAGGUGAAAUACAGGAUGCAUGAUAUUGGGAGUAUUAGAAACAAUACAAAAUGCAAUUUGUCGUCUCCAUUUAAAAACCAUCGAAUUCAACAACAAAAAUGUCGAAAGCAAGAACAAUAUUAUGAAAGGACAAUUACAACCACAAAGGAAUCUAGAGAUCUUCGCAGCAGCCGCUUCAUUAAAACUUACAACUCAACACACCGCUAAAAAAUCUUUAAAAAACGUAUCUCAAAAAUACAACCAAAAAAACUAUCGUCAGCUCGCAGUCAGUCAUAAAUCAGCAUUAUCAACCAUGGAGACUAAGUCUAUCGAUAGUCGGUACAAACACAUUCAAAACCACAGGACAUAGAAUACAGCAUAGAAAAAUGGAAGCGGAAUGAAAGCAUGGAGAAAUAUGGAAAAAUAGGGAAGCAUUAACAGCCACGCAACGAAAGGAAUUACUACAAAUUCAAUACCAAUCAAUUAAAGUAACGUAAAUGAGAAAACGGAUAUCGAAUAAUCAAGAAUGGAAGUCCUGGGACUUCCGGACAGGACACCCAAGCCGGUGGCAAGUAGCGCCUGCCGUCGGCCAGGGGUCACAAGGUCACAAGUCACAAGGGAUCGCUUGGAAAAUUAGCGAUCAGCGACCCAUAGAAGUGUUGCCCCAAGGACAAGAUCAAAGUGUGAGGAGAACAGCAAAUGGACAGCACCGGCAACGGAAAACAACAGACGAAACGCACACACACACAGACGACGCCACACAUACGCUUACAGCGACAUCACUCAUACGCCCCGUAGAACACAUCGCACUUUGCUUGUCAUGCAGCGUUAACUAAACCAAACAUCAACAAAGUCGAGACGACGCCAGCGGAAAAUUGCAUUUCUGUAUUAACCCCAAGAGAAUAGAAGAGGAAGAUUCGAAAAUCAGCAUCACUUUCACCGAGGAAGAGCAGGAGUACCAUACAAACGAGAUGCUAAAACAACGCAACAAGACGGGGAAAGAAAAGCCUCCCCGCUUUGAAAAUGCAGCAAAUGAAAGUCAAGAAAAUCGCAAGUGGAAAUCGCAGAGGAGAGUAACAGUUUAAUUAAAUUAAAUUCAAUUCAAUUAAAUUAAAUUACUUAUUACAAUGAUAUCUUGAAGUGUUCAUGUAUUCGAAAGUAGGUUAACUAAGUCAAGCAUACAAGUAAUUCUACAUAUAUGUAUAAUAUAUAUAUUAUAUAUAUACAUAUAUAUAUAUAUAUAUAUAUAAACAAUUUUUUUUUUUAACUCUAAGCAUUUGUAUUACCCGCUAAACAAAUGAACAACAAACCAAAACGAAAAAAAAACUAGAAAAAACAACCAAAAAAAAGCAAACUGAAAACAGAAUUUUUUUGUAUACAGAAAUGAAUGAAAAUUGAAACCCGAAAUGAGCAGAUAGCGAAAUAAUGAUAAAGAAAAUGAAAGAGUAAAACCUAAAACCGAGACGAAACGAACAGAAAAUAUCAGUAAAUAUCAAAGAAAGUUCAGAAAAUACCAUACCGAAAACCGAAACAAAAGAUACAUUUACAUAGUUUAAUUAGAAGAAACUAUAGCGCGCAUCAUUAUAUAACCGAAAAACUGAAAAACCGACCGAACAGAACGUUACUCCCAACUUACAAAGACAAACAGACAGACGGAAACGAAAAUGUUUUAAGCUCACUCACAGUUACACACACUCACAACACAACACACACACACGUAUAUAGCAUGUAAAGCAUAUAUAAAUAUAUAUAAUUAUCAAUCGAUCAUUCAGUAAAGGAGAGCAGCCAACAUUCGCAUCAUAAAACAAUUAACUCCUCUAAUAAUAGAGCAUACUCAACUCUGUCUCUCUCUACGAAAAAUACGCCUAGUACUCAAGCGGUACUCAAUGCGAAAAUAACCCAGGAAAAACGGGCGGCACACUCACGCUUUGUCACAUGAAUCAAGUGUAAACGCAACGAUAAUAACUUUAUAAUACCGCUAGCGAAUUAAGUCCUAAACAAGAGGGUACAGUUCGGGAGUUCGACAAUUCCCCCAGGCAUUGCAGGUGGUCCUACAGUAAACGCCUUCUAUGACAAACAUCGCCCCCUUCGAAAAAUAGUCACCCAUCCACGAGUUCAUCAUCAUGUGCUACAAAUCGUAAUAUCCGUCCAAAAAACCUUUUGAAGCGCACCUCCCGCUCUCUAACUACAAUCUCUCCUUCUUUUUCGGGUCCCGAUCCUUGAUCCAGGGUCCUUCCGACUUCCGCCAUCCGCAACACCCAGUCCCAAGCCCCCAAGAAAUGGACCAAAGAACCAGUUACACAGAUGCCUCAAAAGUUUUUCCCCUCCCCGUCGCAUUUUCCCAUCUCUUGAAGGACGACCAAGAAAAACAAAUACACAGCCAGAAAAAGCCAAGCCAGAGAUGCAAAUCUAACAACAAAUGUCACUGCCAACAAAACCAGUAAUUGUAAAAUCAAGUUUAAAUAGUUAAAGACCAUACAUAUAUGAAUCGAAAUGGGGACCUGAUAUGAAAUGGAAGGUAUUUCCGUAGGGCUAGCACUGCAAUGCCGAAAGUAGUUACAAGAAAGCAAAAGGAAUUAAAACCCGAUGAUUGUUCCUUGUCACAGAAUCAGGAAUUGCCGAUGUGGACCUGCUCAAAACCUCACUCCUUUCGGGAAUUCAUUUCGGAUUUAGAUCACCUAAUUUGAGUGUUUUUUCCGUCUACUCACACUACUCAGCAUACUCAAAGACGCAUUAAAAUUUAGAGGGAGGUGAAAGUGGGUGUAAGGUUGAAGCGAAAAAACAAUAAAUGUAACAAUAAAUGGUAAUAAGUAAUUUUAGCGUAUUUUUUUUUAACAGCUUAUAGCCAACUAAGUGAAGUAAUUGUAAUUCUAGUUCAAACUGAACCAUUUUUGUCUGCGUUUUUUUUUUUGUCGUGGAUUCGUAGGUUAAGCCCCACACACACACUUAUAGCCACACAAAACACAACCACAAACAUGGUAAACGAAAAGCAAAUGUAUAAAUAUCGAGGAUACUUACACUGUAAUUAAGGGGGACGAAUAAGAAGGAAUACCAUACCAAAACGUAAGCAUAUUACAAGGAAAUUGCCAUUAGUCGAUAGUGUUAAAGCGAUACGUAUAUGAUCUACAUGCUAGGCUAACGAAAAGCAAACAAACGAAAGAAAUAAUGGAAGGAAUACUUAGUGUAGCUCAAGAUGGAAUCUCUCGUAUCUCGUAAUUCGUAACUCCAACUAAAAGCAAUUGUAAAAUAUCGUAAUAGAUCUAGGGGCGAUCGAACAAACAAACAAAAGCAAAGCAAACGAACAAUACGCAAGACUUUAUUUUACAAAGUAUUUGCCGCAAUAUUAGGUCGAAGAGUUCGAAUUGUACUAGCUGAAUCUAGAAAAUAAGAAGAACAUUUCAUAGACGCAAUCCUAGAAGCAAUAAGCACACCCGGAAAAGGAAAUUAAAGUUAGAACGGAAACGGAAUCAGGCAGAGCUAACGGUAACAACGAUGACUCUUCACCACGUUUCCCCACCUCCGGUACAAUUCUGUCCACUUCUCACCACACAUCACUGCACUUUUCUUGCUCUGUCUCUCUUACACCCUUUUUGCAUCUCUUUUCCACUGAAAGAAUAUGUUAACUAUUCUUUCACUAAGUAGCCUGUUUCCUCUUGAAGAAAAAACAACAAAAUGCACGCAUGCCAAAUAUCAGUUUUAUCAGUGCAUUUCACAUUUAUGGAGAACGUAAGUUUCAAGUGUGGGCAUUUGUGCUUACACGUUUUACAAACAUCUCAACAUGUGAUAGUGGAGACAGGCUCUACUUCGUAUAUCCCAUUUAAGAGAAUCUGAAUCCGUAAGAAUAAUUCAAAAUUCUGUUGAAAUCAUCCUUUUUUUCAAGUGAUUAAUGUUUGUGUUCGUUUGUUAAUUUGUUUGUCUGUUUGUUUGUUCCCGGUCUGAAAUUGGUUUCUGCCAUAUUAUUUGUGUAUAGUAAUUAUGUUUUUUUUGGUGGCUAAGAUAAGGUUUUAGUUCUGUAACUUCUACCAUACUUUCUCACUCAUUUGUUCAUACGUGCAAUAAAAAAGAGACUUGUAUACAUAUCAUUGUUUUUUUGGUUUUAUUUUGGGGCUACAUUUCAGAUUCUCCACCCACCUGUUCCUCUCUUCCCUUCUCACCCCUCUGCUCUUAUCCCCUUCACUAUCUAUCUGUCUCUUUCUUAGCACCCGCUCAAUUUAAAGCGACGAAGAAAGUCAAUUUCUCACGGCUCAAAAACGCAAUAAAAACUGAACCUUGAAAUCUAACGAACUAAAGCAACAAUUAGUGAAGCAUAUUGGUGAAAUACUCGUAACUUAUAUUUUAAAUCGAAUUAGUGAGUGAUUAGCGCAACGGUAACGAUAAAAAAAUCAAUUUAGUUGAAUUCCGUAGCAGAAUCGAAUCGAAUAGUGAGAACUUUUUAUUAGGAAGCGAAAGCGUUUUUUAAUUGUAUAUUAAUCGAAUCAAAAUUGUAAAGAUCAAAUAAAAAAUAACGAAUAUUGCAUACAAAUUGAAACUGCCAAUUCACAUUCUCAGACAAAUUUUUACGAAGCUAAAGCUAAAACCAAAACCAAAACUUAAGAACAUCCAAUUAAUAGCACUAAGCGAAAAUAUACAAAAUUGCUGAAAAUUACCGAAAAGCGAAACCAAGCUGAAGAAUCGCAAAAUCGAACUCGUAUCUAGAUCAUUUAACUAGGCCCACGACUUUAACCCUCCUUCGUUUCGGUAUCUCCCGAUUCUCGAUUUCGAUAGCCAAUAUAUCCGAUGGUCGUCACUUGAUUAACCAUAUCGGAUUGCGGUUCAGGAUUACUUUAGGCACUUAGCGUAUAUAUAAAUUUGUGUGUGUGUGAACAAAUAGCAGACAAUAAUUAGUGAGGGAACUUUUUAGGCGAGAUCGAAGGACCAGGACUGAAAUGACGAGGGAAAAUAAGUUUUCCUGGACUAAGUGGGCGUGGCUUUCACAAGCAGCUAAUUUAUUGUCUUCCAGCAUAGCGUACAUAUUUCACUAUUUUAGUCAAGAUACUUUGUUUCCCCAACUGGAAUAACGUUGCAGCUUAAAUGUGAUUCAAUUCUGAUUUUUAAUCGUUUUUCGUUUUUGUCAAAGUUUUCUAUACUAUUGGCCACGCCCCAAGAUCUCAAAGGCUUGAAAAUGAUAGAAAGAGAUUUAUUUCGUUGGUGGCCCAGAGUUCAGCAGCAAAAUUAGCGAUCCGCAUUUGAUGGAGUGUAUAGGAAAACUGCCUUAAAGAUUUUCUAGUGAGACCGAUCGAUAAGCCAGCAAACCGUGUAUAUAUUUAUUACAUAGAGGCCGAGUCGGUGAGAAUUUUUUUUACUAAAUACAAUUUACGAGUAAGCAUAACUUUUAACACAAAUCAACACGAUCUGUACAUAGCCGACAUACAAACAUACAAAAAACACCCUGCAUAUAUAUAUUAAUAUGUAUACAAACAAGCAUAUACAUACCUAUAUAUAAAGUGUUUUACAACAACGUGGAUUAGUUGGUAACCGUAGAGCGAGACAUUCUUAGCAAAAUUACACCUAAGUUUUCCAGAUUCAGAUGACUUUUUAACCAGACAAAGGUAGACAAAUUGUGAAAUUAUUAAAUUAUGUAGAAAAGCAGUCAGAGUAAUAAACUAUUUGUAUUUCAACUUGUUUUCCAGGAGAUCCUAAGUUUAGUAAAACGUAAUAUAAUGUAAAUGAUAAAACGAAACGAACGUAUGUAAAAUAAUUGCAUAAAUAAUUUCAAAUAUAUUCGCCGAUUGCCUUCAACUAGAGGAAUUUUGAUUACACUUAAUAACGAAUACUAAAUAUUUAAUAAUAAUUGAAUAAUGCAUUGAAUAUUUAUACAAAAUAAAAGGCAAAAGCAACUAUUAAUAUAUGGAAUUGUGGGUAGAAGAGGUCGAGAAGAAAGACGCAGAAGGUCAGGCGCAUACAGAAAAGAACAAAUCUACACAAAAAUGAAAUUCAAAAAGAACUGAAGUAAAAACAAAGAUUUUAAAGCAGUAACAAAUGGCAAACAAAAGAGAACAAACGAAAAAAUAAAAAAAUCAAGAUAAAGCAUUCAUAUUUGUACACUAAAGAUCCGUUAAGGACUACGCAACUUAUACACGCAAUAUUAGACUAAACCGACUUCGAUAACCAAUAACCGAUAGAUUUCCCCCAGCCCCCAGCACAGAAGAAAUGAGAGGGUUUCCGAAAAAAUCCCCAUCUUCAGCUGCAUAAAUUUGAUUAAUAUUUUUUUUUUAACUAGAGACACUCGCACAUAUCCAAUGAAAGACGUCGAUUACUUUCCAUUCCCAUUACUAUCGAAAGACCACCACCCCUAGAUACGCACACCCCCAAGAAUCUAAUACGAAAACGAAAUCGAUGGCUGAAUCGAGAUCACAACCACAAUUACGAUAACUAUUACAAUGGCCACCAUAACCACAGAUGCACAACCACUGGAGCGAAGGACAUGCGAAUUAAGAAGACGGAUGUAGAAGCUGAAAGGAGUAGAUCGAAUCUAGUGAAUACUUUAAGGCGUUAAGCGUACUUCUAGUUUGUAUCUCUUAUAUACACGCAGAUAUAUCUAGGUAUAUGGACAUAGCAUAAUUAUACAGAUAUACAGACCUAUGAAUAACUCAGAUAACGCAUACAACUAGCCAGUGGAUCGAUGUCGAGUGUAAGUCGCUGAAUAUCGAUAGUAAUCGAUCCAAAUCGAUAGAGAUUUAGUAGAUCCAAUCUUUUUUUUGUACUUGUACUUGUAUGCUAACGGUAAAGGUAAUGGUAAACGGUAACGAUAAACGGUAAUGGACAUUUAACUAGUUAUAACGUGCAGUUAUCGUAAUUUAUGAUUAUCGAUUAUUGAGUCUUGAGUACGAUUAUUACGAACGUUUAAUUUUGUUAAUACGAAAACAAAACGCGAGCAUGGUUAAUAAAGCUUUAAUUUGAAGCUAUAUAGGUAUAUAUAUAUACGCAAAUACAUAUAUAUAUAUACCCACACACUAACACACACCCGACGCAAUACACAGAAAUAGACACAUACAGACAAGGAAACGUCCUCAGUUUAUAAAUUUUCAAAUGAGUGACACGGCAAACUUGAAACGAAACGAACGAAACGAAACACGUAGGCAGUACGGAUUAGGUCUUAAGGCCCCAUAUAAGUAAUAUACAAUUUAAAUUAUUUAAAAAUCAAUUUAUUAUUGAUGGCAAACGGAAGCGAAAGCGGAACGAUGGCGAUAACGAUAGUGAUGAAGAUAACGACAGCGAGAGGGGAGAGCCAGGCAGUAUAGAUCGGAGCCGCGAACAUAUACAUGUGAUCAUAUAUCCGAUAUCCGUCGAUAUAUAUGCACGUCCGAUAUAUGCGCACGUGCCCCGAUCGCCAUACAUAAACACACACAUACAUAUACUAUAUGCAUAAUACCAGUGACAUACAUGCAUAUGUACUACUCAAAUCGAUCCGAUCGGAGGAGGAAAUGAGGAGGCAAAACAAAUCUAUAUACAGUACAUGGCAUACACUUAUAUGAAGCCCCUAUAUUGAGGAUAUAAACGUGAAUUUUUAGCAGACUAAGUAAUAAAUUAUACACUCACAGGCGGUCAUAUUCGAACUACACACACACAAGGGCGGUAUGCAGAUAUAUAUAUACACGAAUAUAUAUAUAUAAUAUAUAUAUAUAUUCUAUACGUCAGCAAAACAAAUACCAAUAAUAAUAAAAUUAUGCAAUAAAGCGAGGAGGAGUGAGUACUAAGCGGAAACGGAAGUGGAGGCGAGGACACCUUACAUUUAAGACACUGAACAAAAAAUCGACUUGUAAAUAACACGCAUACACACAGCCAACACACAGGCAGACCGCAGACAGUCACAUCAGUAUACAUACACCCACUCACACAUACCCACAUACACACAUUUUACGAUUAGUUAAUUUUACAAACUAAAAUUAUUGCAGCAGGCGCAUUACAUAAAAUGAAAUACAACUAAAACGCGGCAAAGAAGAAGAACGAAGAAAUAAAACCAAAAAUCAUAUGCAUUAAAAGUAAAGUAAAGGCAAAGACAAACAAAGGCAGAGGCAAAGGCAAAAGCAAAUGAAAAAGCAAAGCGAAAGAGCCCAGUCGGAAGAAAGGGGCGGGUGGUACUCUCUCCCCGAGCAACUUCCCGCCCUCGUUACUUCCAACAAAAAACAAACGGCCAGAGACGUUGAUGGGAAUUAAUAAUUACCAAGUAAAAUUAUAAAAUAUUAUUAUAUAAAUUAUUAUAAUUAUAAAUUAUUAUUAAAGCAAGCAACAAACGUAAAAAACAAAAACAGACAAGAUUAAAAAUACGAAACGAAAAAAAACGAAAAACACAAAAAAAAUCAAACAAAACCAAACAUAAACCAAAAACACAAUAUUAUAAUGCGAUAAUUGAGUAAUCAACAAAACGAAUUGACAACGUUGUAUGAUUUUGAUCAGAAAGUAAUAAAAACAAUUUUCGAUUUGUUACGAAAUAUACAUAAAUA